AUGUGUGACUCGCCCAUCACUAAUACCAACUACGAUGACACAACUGUUGUAAGUAUUCAGUUUGUGGGGCUGGAUACUUUCGAAUUUAAACAAGAAGAAGUAGAUAAUGAAAUAAAAGUGAUUGCAACUAGUGCAUUUGAUUAUGAAAAUAUUGUUAGUGAACAUAAAUUAAUCGUUUUGGAUGAAAAUGUUGGUAACAUUGUUAAUGUUAUAUUACACAUUAAUAACAUAGAUGAUACUGCUCCCGUUAUUAAGGGUGGUUCCUGUAAAUUGGAUGAAACAAAACUAUAUACCAAGGAUGAUACACCGUGUGUUUUUGAACUAACAGAUGCUGAUCAAAUGAAUAUGGAUAAAAUGAAGUUUAUUUUUUCGGAACCAGCUUUCAACAUCGACUUCAAAAGUGCACCUACCGCUACUGACAAAAGCAGUAAUAUAGCUGUUGCAACAGAGUAUGAAUUGAAUUAUAAAGAACAACAGGUUUACAUUAUUGACUUAACAGUUCAGGAUUUUGGAAAUAAUGAAGGCUCUGCACAGAUUAUAAUUAAUGUAAAUGACCUUCCUAAUGAACCACCAGUUUGGCAAAAACAAUUAAUUAGUAAAAAAAUUAAAGAAAAAGAAGCACACAGUUAUAUUAUAUCUGCAAGAGACGGAGAUUAUGGAAUAAAUAACCCCAUAAAAUUCAAAAUUAAUCAACCUGGAGAAUACAUAACAUUGGACGAUACCGAGAAUUCUACUCAAGUACAUGUAGCUGCUAUUGAUAGAGAUGCAACUAAUCUAGAUGAAUAUAACUUCACUAUUAUAGCUUAUGAAGUAGGCGAUGAAACUAGUACACUAUCAGAUGAGAUACUUUUUAUUAUUGAGGAUAUAGAUGAUAAUGAUCCUCUUAUAUCUUUAGAAAAGAUAUCUGACAUACAAUGCUCUGAUUCCAACAUCCAAACAAUUGAGACACAUCAAUAUAAUGAUGAUCAAUCGGUAACCUUAAACAUUUGCGAAAAUUUUGAUCAAUCACUGCCUUUAAAUCUAACAGUAAAAGAUAGAGACACGGGUAACAAUGCACGUUUUAAAGUACAAUUAGCAGAAACCAAAACUGGUAAUGAAUACACAUCAGCAUUUAAAAUUACACCAAAUGCUGGAUAUUUAAUCGAGACUUUUGACAUAUCUGUAUCAAAUCAAAGUAAGUUAAACUACGAGGGAGAUGAAUUGUGGAGAAAAAUAGAAUUUAAGAUGGUAUCCGUAAGUACAAAUAACGAUACCAAAAGGGAUGAGUGGACUAUAAAUAUAAAUCUUUUGGACUAUAAUGACGAAUCCCCUAUGUUUGAAAGUAGUUCAUAUAAUUUCAAUCUGGAUGAAACAGCAAAAUUGGGUGAUCAAAUAGGCAAAGUCGUAGCCUCUGACGCCGAUGAGGGAGAUAUAGUUACAUAUAAAAUUAGUGGAAGCUUAGCUGAAGACUGUGUAGAUAUAGAUAAAAAUGGCAUAUUAACUGUUAAAAAAGAAAAUGCUUUUGAUUAUGAUGUACUAAACACUUUAAUGUUCCAAGUUAUUGCUAGUGAUUCAGUCCAUGAAAAAUCAGCUUCAGUCACAAUCAAUUUAAUUGAUAAAAAUAAUAAACCACCAUCUGUAAAUGUGAAUCAAACCAUAGAAAUCGACGAAAAUCAAGAAAAAGACAAAAUUCUAGAUGUCGAGAUAACAGCAUCAAGUACAUUUGCUGAAGCCAAAUUGGGAGCUGAGAUAGACUGGGAUCAAUCAUCUGUUCGUAAAAAUUAUCAGAUAAUAAAAAUGGAAGACAAGAUGAAAUGUUUGAGCUUGGUAAUAAACGAAGAUGAAGGAAAUAAAUUAUCCAUUGGUCUAAAAAUAAAUAAUGAUUACGGUCCAGAUUUCGAAGAAAUUGACACUAUAAACAUGAUGUUAAUUAUAAAUAAUCCCAACUUCGACAAAGAUUUUCCUGAAGCUGCUAUGACUAAAUUGACAAUCGUUAUUAACAUUAAAGACGUUAAUGACAAUCCACCAGAAUUUACAGAACAAACUAAAUUACUUAAUAGAACAGUAAGCGAAGGAGCUGCAGCAGGAACAUCUGUGCGUACCAUAAUUGCCAAAGAUAAAGAUAUUAAUAGUAAUAUCACAUAUAGUAUUGAACCAAAAGACAUUUCAUAUGAUUGGAUAACUGUUGAUCAAUAUAGCGGAGAACUUACAGUGAAACCAGGUAGUGAUAUUGAUGCUGAUACAAAUAAAAUAGAAUAUAUACAUUAUACUGCAACAGCCUAUGAUGAUGAUGAAACUCACAAGGACUCUAUUGAUAUCGAUAUAUAUAUACUAGAUGAAAAUAAUAAAAAACCAACUCUCGAUGAUUCCAAUAAAAAUAUUAAAGUAGUGGAAGAAACUGCUGAUGGUCAAACAGUAUACAUCAUAAAAUACGAAGAUAAAGACAGAGAUGUUUCAUAUAAUACUGUGGAGUGUCAACUAGUCGAAGGAUAUGAAUGUUAUCAACAAUUAAGCAUUAAUUUUACGGGUAGAGACAAUCAUUUAAUUAUAAAGGAUCGUAUUGAUAGAGACGUUAUGACACAUAAUAACAUUGACUGUUAUAUGAAAUGCUGGGAUAACCCGGACUUCGCCAAUAAUAAAAUACGAAAUAAUGUUGAGCAGGAAUUUACCAUCACUGUAGAGGAUAUUAAUGAUAAUGAACCAACAUUAGAUAUCUCUAGCUUCUCUUUAUGCGAAAAUGAUAUUAAAGACAAAGAUCUAAUUACUUUCACUGCUAGUGAUCCAGAUGAAGGUCUUAAUGGUACAGUCCAAAUUAUACUUAAAAAAGUUAUAAGAAAAGAUGAUCAAGAUUUUACUAAUAAAUUCACAAUCAUAUCUGAUACGAAAGAGGGAAAUAAAAAUGGAGUUUUACAAUCCAAAGUAGAUUUAAAAGACUAUUAUGGGACUUACAUUAUGACAAUAAACCUUGAGGAUCAAGGUACUCCGCCACUAAGUUCAUCAAAAGACAUAACCAUGAUAAUCAAUAAAUAUGUUUUCAAUCCACCGAGAUUUAUAUUUCCAGAUAAAAAUGAUAUAAAAGUUGAACUGAAAAUGGAUCAAACAGAAGGGAAGCCCCUAAAAUUAUUAAAAAAUAAUGAAGAUUUGGAAAAUAUCGAAGCAAGUUAUUUAUCUGAUGGAAAAUGCAGUGAAGAAAAUAAUAAAUUUCCUAUUAAAUUUAGUAUAACAGGUGGCGAUAAUAGUGGUAUGUUUAAGUUAAGUACAGUUGGAACUUGCAGUGCUCAACUUCAAAUUACAAAUAAGUUUAAACCCAUUAACGGGGAAGAUUACGAUCUUACCAUAGAAGCAACAAUUGUAAAGGGAGAGGGAGAUGAGGGAGACAAUAUUACCACAAAAAUUAAUUUAAUUCUAGUGUUCAUUGAAAUAACAGAUCCUUGGUUUGUAAAUUCAGACAACGUGACACUCUCAAUGUUCGAAAAUGAUGAGACCCAGGUUAGCGCCCUUAAUACUACCGUAACUUAUGGAUCCGAAACAGCAGAUCUGGACUACUACUUCCACUUGAAGGAAUAUGAAAAUUUAUUUGCUGUUUCUAAAACAUCAGACAAUAUUUAUAUAAACACUCAAGUGAAACUGAAGUAUGAAGUACAUAACAAUUACGACUUCACUAUUGUAGUAACCAGAUAUGAAAACAGUAAUGAAAGUCAAGAUAAAAGAUCUUAUAAAAAUAUAAACAUUGAGGUGAUAGACACUAAUAAUUAUCCUCCAUACUUCAUUGAAGAUGUUUAUCUUGGUGCAGUUAUGUAUCAAUACAAAAUGGAUACUGUUAUUACUGUUAAUGCUAAUGAUACUGAUACUGUUGGUAACAUACUUACUUAUAAAAUGUCGAACGUUCAAGCGACAGGAAAAAAUAUUGACAUUGAUAAACCAUUUUCUAUAUCUAACACAUCUGGCGACGUAAAGCCAAAUUUUGAGGUUACUGAAAACAUGGAAGGAUAUUUUACUUUUACUGUGACUGUAACUGACACAGUAGACCCAUAUGGAAAUGGACCUUAUGAAACAACCACACCUGUAACAAUUCUUGUAAUUUCACAAAACAAUAUUUUAAUAUUCCGUUUUGACAACGAUGAAAACACUAUUAUAAAUCAGAAGACAAAGAUUCUCGAUAUAGUAGAAAGUGUCUUAGGAUAUCAGGCAAGAUCGAUUUCAAUUACACAAAAUAAAGUAACAACUUAUGUGGAUGUAUCUAUGUACUUCAUUCAGAACAAUGCCGCACUUUUAGCGUCUGAUGUAUUAAAGGAAUUAUCAGACGUGAAAAAAUUUAGAACAUUGAAAGAAGAACUUCGAAAUGAGUCCUUGUUACUUCUUAAUUUUGAAUCUGAUGCAAAUGAAGAGGACCUCACUGCACUCCUCAAAGCAUGGCUUAUCAGCGUUUCCGUUAUUCUAGGAGCAUUAUGCAUCAUAUUAAUAGUUGUGUUUAUAUUAAGAAAUCGCCAAUUAACACGACGGAUAAGUCAACUCACUAACAACAAAUUUGGCUCCGAUGAAUCAAUCAAUAAAAGGAGAACAGUUAAUGCACCUGGUACGAAUUUACAUGCAUCGGAAGGUACAAAUCCGGUGUUAACAAAACAAGAUCACGAUAAUGAAAAAGUCGAUAAAAUAAGUGUUGCUAGUGUUGACAGCGGCGAUUCAGAUUUAAUGGGAAUUGAGGAUAAUGGCCAAUUUGAAUUUAAUACAAACUCUCCAGGAAUUUAAGUGGUGUAUAUGAUGUUAUUUUUAUUGUAUAUAUGUAAAUAAAAAAUUAUAAAUAUUUAUAUAGACUGUAUAUGUUUGAAUAAAUAGAAAUAAAUAUA